AUGGGUCUCUUAGCCCUUGGAACGGCACUGGAGUGGCCAGAGGCCAAGCUGCGCGCAAACCAAGUGAGAGAAUGGGGCAUCAAGCAACUCCUUGAGAUCUGGAAUAAGGCCAAGGGCAAAGAACGCGAUGCCUUGCUAUGGGGAGAUGAGGUCGAGUAUCUUGUUGUGACGUACGCAGAAGAUGAGCCAAAGGUGCUCCUGUCCCUAAGACAAGCUGAAAUUCUCACGGCUCUUGCAGCCGAUAAAGAGCUUGCAGAGGCGGGCUGUGUACCUGCACUGCAAGACGAGCUGCCUGCGGGAAAGCCUACUGGGAAGCUAAGCAAACCCUCCAAAGUAACACUGCCAGUCUUCCACCCAGAGUUUGGUCGCUUCAUGCUUGAGGCCACGCCAGGAAAGCCCUGGGGCAUUGGUUUAAAGGAGUUACUUGGCGUUGAGCCUGAUAUGAAGCUCCGGCGAAAGAUUGCCAAGGAACAUAUGCUUUCCACCGAGUAUCCCAUUACUCUGACGACUUUCCCCCAGAUCGGUGUUCCGGGCCAAUUCACUUACCCAUUUUACCCUCCCUCCGGACCAAAGCUGCGGUCACAGUUUGUGCCCGACGAAAUCGCCAACCCCCACAUCCGAUUCCCAACGCUGGCCGCUAAUAUUCGCUCCCGAAGGACUCGCAAAGUCCAAGUCAAUGUCCCCAUUUUCCAUGACAAGAAUACUCCAGACCCCUGGAAGGACCCCACCGUCAACUACGACUUACACAACUGGCCCGAGGACGAUGAUGUACGCAAUGGGGCCGCCCCAGACAACUUCAUUCACAUGGACGCAAUGGCUUUCGGAAUGGGAAGCUGCUGUCUUCAAAUUACCUUUCAGGCCAAGAACAUUGUCGAAGGUCGAGAGCUGUACGAUCAGCUGAGCCCUCUGGGCCCCAUCAUGCUGGCUUUGACUGCGGCAACGCCUGUUUAUAAAGGCUUCCUGGCCGGCACUGAUGUGCGGUGGAAUCAGAUCAGUCGUGCGGUCGACUGCAGAACACCAGAGGAGCUUGGUGAAAAGCCCCUGAAAAAUGAUCGCUGGAGGAUCCCCAAGUCCCGAUAUGCCUCCAAUUCAACGUACAUCUCGACAAAUCCUCGACUCCGACCAGAGUACUUGGAUCCCGAUCUGGUCAUUGAUCCUGAAAUCAAGGCCAAGUUGAUUGAAGGAGGCAUGGAUGAUCGCCUAGCCACCCAUUUUGCUCAUCUCUUCAUCCGAGACCCAAUUGUCAUCUUUGAGGAAGACCUCCAAGAGCUUGACUUGACAAAGACUGACCACUUCGAGAACAUCCAGUCGACUAACUGGCAGCACAUGCGAUUCAAGCCUCCGCCAGCUGACAACAACAUUGGAUGGAGAGUCGAGUUCCGUUCGAUGGAGAUUCAGGUGACCGAUUUUGAAAACGCAGCUUUCUCUGUCUUCAUGGUUCUGGUUACAAGGGCCAUCCUCUCAUUUGACCUCAACUUUUAUAUCCCCAUCAAGAAGGUGGAUGAAAACAUGGAGCGUGCCCACGGCAUAGAUGCUGUUCUCAAAGACAAGUUCUACUUCCGCAAGAAUCCAUUCCCACCUCGACCAUCGCGCGCGAAUACUGCCUUUGGGGAUGAUAGUCGGCCAGGCUCCGCGAUGCCCAGUCGACCCGGCUCACCCGGAAGCCUCCCGGUAGAAGAAGAGUACGAAGAGAUGACGAUUAACGAGAUUAUCAACGGUUCAGUCGACGGAGACUUCCCAGGAUUAAUUUCCAUCGUCGAAAGCUACCUUGACAGUAUCAACGUGGAUGUGCAAACCCGAUGUGAGCUUGCAACGUAUCUUUCCCUCAUUAGCAAGCGAGCAAGCGGUGAGCUCGAUACCGCCGCGCGAUGGAUCCGCAACUUUAUCGAUAUCCAUCCCAACUAUAAGCACGAUAGCGUCGUUGAUGAUACCAUUACCCAUGACCUCAUCGGAUCUGUCGUGGCCAUUGGUGAGCGGGAAAGCACGGGCAGAGGUUUCGCUGGAUUGGAUAUCCCCGGAUUUUCCAAAUUCCUGGGCAAGUUCAGAAGCACUGGGCGGGCAGUGAGCGGGCAGACUGAGAACGCACCCGAGGCCGGACAUGGGUCGCGGAAACGAAAGAGCGAAUGGAUAGACGGAACAACAGCUAAAGUUGGAGCAUAA